AUGCUCACUUCUUUCAUUACCCUUUCCCUUGCCCUCUCUGUGCUCGCCAGUCCUUACAAGAGAGACACAAUUCUUAGCAUCUCCUUGUCUGGACCAGCAUCCAAUGUUACCAGUAUCAACAAUCUCAAGUUCAUGGCAACUGUAGCCAAUACUGGCUCAGAAUUGGUGAAGAUCUUGAAGUACAGAAUGAUUUUGGAUGACAUGCUUCCAACCCAAUCUUUCACUGUCACCAAGGAUGGAGAAACCGUGAACUUCACUGGGAUCAAGAUUUCUGUUUCAUUGAAGGACACUAAUGACUCUGCUUUUGUGGUCAUUCCUCCUGGACAAUCAGUUACUGCCAAACAUGAUGUAUCGGCACUGUUUGACUUUGCUUCGGCUGGCCCAGGAACAUUCACGUUCACACCUGUGACAUCCUUCUCUAUCACCGGUCCAGAAGUUAGAGUCACCAAUGGAGUGAGCCUUGAUCAUGUUUCAGUGUCAUCUAACUCUGUUGAUGUGAACAUCUCGUCUCUGGAGACUUGCUAUACAGCGGCGAAAGCAUUAGCUUCUGCUGUGACCUCUUAUAUUGCAGCAAACAGCACUGACACUCUCUACACUUCUUACUUUGGCACUACACCGACAUCCAUGGUUACCAAGAUUUACUUCUGCAAUAUCUUUUACUACUUGGAUGCCAGUCCAGCUGUUUGUCUCAGUUCAAUGGACAACACAGUUACUGCUGAUGGGGUUACUCUCCAUGAGUUCACUCAUGCAACUUCCCACACCCUGGAUGUCUCCUAUAGCUGUGCUAAUGACCGGGCACUUCCUCCUGCUGAACAAGCUGUCAAUGCUGAUAGUUACAAAGUUACCCAAGUGAGCAUUGCCCUUGGAUCUGGCAUUAACCAAAUUCAAGAAUGGAUUUCAGGAAAUAAUGUCCUUGCUCCAACUGUGAUCUGA